UGUUGCUGUUGCUCGCAGCAAUAUCUGAGGAAAUUUUUAGAGUGUGCAACUUGCAGGAGUGUGCAAAAAAAAUUUUGGAGUGUGCAACUGCAUUUGCGACAUAAACAAUUGUGUGACCCUUAAUUUCUAAACGUGGAACACAGCAGAUAUGGAGCCGGAAGCUGCACACUGGAGCGCAAUUUUGCCCAUUUACUGCUUAAAAAGGCUGCCCUUGUCAUUAUACCGCAGUAUCUGCCACGCUGAUUUUUUUGACGGCGCAGUCAAGUCCAUCCUUCAGAACCACAAAGACUGUGCGGAGGAAAAAAAGCUUCUAUCGGAUUUAACUCGGAUAGAGCGGUUGAUUACCCACAGCUUAUUGUUAGCUGAAAAUUCGGACAACGCUAGGGCUCCGCUAUCGCUAUUGGAUCACAUCGUGAACCAGUGCAGCAAACAGUUUUGUCAACACGACCAUUUCUUCCUGGAGAGAUACUACGUACAUUUGCUCAAUAAAAACCAGGCGAAAACUUAUAAAAAAAUCAGAGAUGUCUUUGACCGAAUGUACGAGCCAUCUAUUCAAGGAAUAUUUGGAGAAACGAUAAACUUCCCGCUUCCCGCGAAUUAUAUUCCCAGGAUUAGCGUGCUGCGAGAAGUGCAAGCCGCCAUGCGACAAAAACUUCCUAGCCGUUUAUUUCAGAGUGGUUGCACCCAAUGUAUAGUCAUUGCUGGGAAUUCCCGAUGCGGUAAAACAGCGGUAUUGGCGAAUGUCCUUAGGGACAUUCAACUUCGGGAGAUAUUUGCUUCUAUCACCGCAGUAAAGUUUGGCGAAGAUGAAGAUGUCGAUGGUUUAAUGGACGACACCUUGGCCGACGCUAAAAGGCAAAAACUUUCGCGGAUCGAAUCCCAUUUGCUGGUUUUGGACAAUCUUAUGGAUGCCAGUGCAGUCGCAGUAAAACACAUGGAUUCGCUAGCACAGUUUUACAAGUGCAUCAUCAUUACGACAAGAGCAUGGAAGUGCGAGCCCAAGUCUCAGCGUUGCAAAUACAGUGCCGCUGAUAUCGGGAGUGGCUUUACCAUCGCAGAAUCCACAGCAUUUUUCUGCUCGAUGUUUGAUUGUAAAAGCGAAGAACUGCCGAUACCGCUUCUAAACACAAUAAAUCAGAUCCACGAAUACUGCCAAGGAUGCCCACUGCGCCAAAGAAUUAUUUACACCAUGGCACGCAAAACACAUAAUUUGUCAUGCCAACCGCAGGAUUUUGGGAGAUGGCGUCAGUUCUUUCAAAACCUCAAGAACCCAAGCGUGUCUUCAACAAGGGAGCGUGGCACUUCCAUCGAUCAGGACGACAGCGGUUGGGCGCUUUUGCCAACGCCUACCCCGACUACUAGCUCAUCUCCGCGGUCAGAUUCGGAAUCGGAAGCCGAGUACGACGUGAUAGAAAUGCAACCGACAGCGCAAUUUCAAGCGGCAGAAUUUCCGCUGGAAUAUCAUGGAGCAGUGUGUACUACCGGCGUCAACUUCUCACGCACGCCUAAGCGCAUUCAGCUGGAAUCUUCCACAAAAAAACCCUCGCGUGAUAUUUUCGGCAAUUUAAUAACUCGGGGAAAAUUAUUUCCGCCGACGAAACCUACACAAAAGAGGUCUACAAAGAGAUGGGAUCACAUAGCUCCACAAAUGGUUGAGCUGCACACGCACGGCACUUUUCGAUACAGUUUAACGGAGAAGUAUCGCCUGAAAGUUCCAUAUGGAAGGAGUAGCAUUUACACUGGACACUGUGUUGAAAGAAAGUGUCCGGUGGCAAUUAAGAAAACCGUGUGGAGCAAUCAAGAACAGAGAGCCAUUGAUGUCGCAGUCAAGAAAGUGCAGAUCGAAUUCAAUAUUGUAGCGAAUCUGAAUCAUGGAAGUAUUCUUCGUUACUACGACUUAGCGGUGCAGUUAGUCGAUCGUCAAAUCCUGCUUUUCAUGGAGCACUGUAACGGGGGUUGUCUGAAAAAAGUCAUUGAGCGCGGAUCGUCACUUCCAAAGGUCAAGUCUUACCUGAUGCAAAUUCUUGAUGGCGUCAAUUAUCUGCAUCAGCGACGAAUUUUUCAUUUGGACUUAAAGACCGAGAACAUAUUUCUUGCCAAAGAUGACCACAUAAAAAUCGGAGAUUUCGGUGAAGUUUUUUCUCCAGACUCCUCUGAUUGUUUGCUGUUUGAUGGUGACAUGCGUGGUACGGGUCACUACAUGUCACCGGAAAUGAUCUGCCAAAAUGGGACUUCUUUGUCAGAGAUCGGCCGACCGUCUGAUAUUUGGAGUUUCGGAUGCAUUGCUUUGGAACUGCUAACGCAACACGCUCCUUCCUACAGAAAAACAUGUCCAGGUGGAGAAAUAAUUGAGUUACAACUACAAGAAGCAAUCUGGUACUACAUUGCCGCCACACCCGGGAGCAGGCCAUACAUUCCCGAGAGUCUGGACGUGCUUGCAUCGGAUUUCGUGCAGUACUGCUUUAAACGAGACUAUGCACUCCGCCCAUCCGCCGCGGAGCUGCUAACUCACCAGUUUCUGUUGCAUCCUCGCCAGUCUGCCCCCAUCUUGAGACUCGGCACGUGUUUAUACAUGUCCCGACGCUGCACUCUCCCGCGCACUGCCUCUUUAUCCGAAAUGGCGCACCAUGAAGCGUUGCACUGGUCCACGGCGCUGCCCAUCCAGUCUCUCCGCAAACUACCCUGCAGUCUGUACAAAAAGAUGUCCGACCGUUUCGAUCUGACCAUUGUGAUUGAGUCCGUGCUGCAGAGUCAGGACUGCGAGAAGGAGCAGACAUUAUGCAUCGAUGUACAGAAUCUGGAGAAACUGUCCAAGACACCGUACAUUCGCCUAGCGCUGUCUAGUCUGGAUCAUUUCAUCACCCACACCAUCGCCACGGGAAAGACGAAGGAAUUCUGCGAGCAUUCCGUGCAUUUUUUCAACCGAUAUUUAAAUGCGUUAUUAGAGCGCAGCCACACUGAAUUAUUUAAGGAUAUUAUUGCCGCGUUUGACGGGAUGGUUCGUCCGCAUUUGAUUCGGGCGCUGUCGGGGCAGGCGGCCGAUUUUCCCCUGCCACCGAAUUACGUUCCCCGCAUUGCACUGGUAAACCAUGCUACGCAUUUAGUAUCCAAGGCGCUGAAAAUCAGGAAGGCCUCCACAUUGUCGGCGGCUGGGGGAACGUGGGUGGUUAUUUCCGGGGAAGGCAGUUGUGGGAAGACGGCGGUGCUGGCCAAUGUACUGCGGACCAUACAGGUGGAGGAUGCGGGGCGUCUGGAUCACAUUACGGCGGAGAAAUUCGACGAAGACUCCAAUAUUGAAGAAGAACUAAAGAGAAUCGCUGCGCAGAACAGGAGGACACCCGCAUCGCCGCUGGCAUGCAAUCUCUUGGUUCUGGAUAAUGUGUUCCAGUGGAACAAAGAGGCGUCGAAACAGGCGGAGUUGCUGAGUACAUUUUACAAAUGCGUUAUAGUUACCACGAGAGACACCGAUUUGGCGAAAAAGCUGAAAACGCACGUGGAAGCUGUCAGCGUCCCGGAAGGUUUCAACGUGGACGAGUCUAUUGCAUUUUUUUGCUCGGUUUUUAAAUGCAACGAAAAGGAAAUUCCAACCGAGCUGAAGAUGAUAAUAAAGAAAAUGCAUGCUUAUACCAACGGAUCACCGCUUAAAUUGCGCAUUAUCCUCACAACUGCAUGGCGUACUUUGAAAUUAACCGCGAAAGGACGUGAUUUACCCAGAUGGCGGCAGUAUCUCGACACUUUGAAAUAUUCAACAGGAGCUAGCAGUUUUGAAGGCGGCGAAGGUUUGCUGGAGCGAGCGGUUGACGAUGACUGGCUGCUUGUUGAUCAAACACCAUCAACUUCCCCGACGCCAUCCGCUGCAGUGCGAAGUAAACCAGUUUUUGAUGUCAGAAAGUUUCUGCCGGUUAAAGGUGCCAAAACAAUGCGGAGCAGACAACGGCGAGAUACCAAGUCACCGGUGCGGCAGCAGGAAAUAGACGACGAGGAUUUUUAUGAUGUUGAACCUUCCGAUAUUCGGCCUUUACACGGAACCUCGAUUAGAGCAAAAGAAGAAGGACCGUCAUACCAGGUUGGAGGGGGAAUGCCUAGAAUGGUUAGACACUCUCUGGAACGGACUCCUUCUUCUGCCGAGUACUCUCCGGAACGGGUUCAGCUCCGGGAAGACGGAAUUCGAGAUUCCACUCCCUCUUCUGCGGAAGAGUCACUUAGAUUGCAGCCGGAUGGAAUCCCCAGUAUGCCAUCUGUAGCGGCGGCUCCGCGUGGUCUGCUCAUGAACUUCCAGCCGGCUCUGACGCCCUUCAAUUUCCAAAUGUCCUUCCCUCAGGCUGGGGCGCUGGACUCGCAUCUGCAGGUGGAAGAACUCGAGUCCGCAUUGACCUUCCGCCCGCCAACUAUCCCCUGCGCUAUCGAGAAGGAACCGUCACUACGGCGCAAAUCUUUGCCAUCCGGUCCACCUCCCAAACUGACGUAUUCGUGUAGUUUUGAUGAACAGAACUGCCUGGGCGCUGGACGCAGUAAAGUCUACCGAGCCACUAGGAAAGACAACGGGCAACCGAUUGCUGUCAAACGGAUCGAGGUGGCGGCUCACGAUGACCAUGACCAGGAAGUGGAGAGUGUGUAUAAAGAGUUUAAAGUGGUCUCCAGGCUGAACCAUCAGAAUAUUCUGAAGUAUUACGAUAUGGAUGUCAAGGCGGAUGAUCGGAUUAUUUUGCUAUUAAUGGAAUUGUGCGACGGAGGGUCGUUGAAAAGUGCCGCAAAAACUCGCCUUUCACUGAGCCAGACACAGGGUUAUCUCACCCAGCUGUUAGACGGUCUGCAGUAUCUCCACGCACAGAAAAUCUACCAUCUGGAUUUGAAAGGCGAGAACGUUUUCCUCACUUCCGACGGUCUGGUAAAAAUCGGGGACUUUGGAGAAAUGGCAUCCCUGGAGCGGUCUUUCAGCGGCCCUGAAGAUAAUGCCUUCGUAGCCAAUAUUGGAACCGUCAUGUACAUGUCCCCGGAAAUGAUCCGGGGUGACGAUGUGGCCGUUAUCGGGCAGCCAUCCGAUGUGUGGAGUUUCGGUUGCGUCGCGCUGGAACUGCUGACCGGUCGUACACCAAGAUACCAGAAACAACAGCGCGACGGUAGUGUUUCGCCAUUGUCGGAGCCGAUGCCCAUCAUGUUCUUCGUGGGAAGUGGUGGACGGCCGCACAUUCCCGAGGAUCUGGAUAGCGUGGCUGUGGAGUUUCUGGAGCAGUGCUUUAAAAGGGACAUUACAAAGCGAUGGUCCGCAGAGCAGCUACGCGGCCAUGGGUUUCUGACGUAUCAGGUGCCGGCCACCGGCGGCCACAGGAACUACUCACCGCCGCCAGAGAUUAUAAUUACUUUCCAACCAUCGGGGUCUGUAAAGCAGUCUGCCACAGCGUGAUUUUAGGACAGUCUGGAUUAUUGUUUUCAAAGAUUUUUAUUGCUCAUUUUGUUUUUUUUUGUAAAAGAAAUUUCUGAGUGGAAUGCGACAUAGCUGUUGUCCUGUUGAUGUGCAUUUCGGCCUGAUAUCUGCGCUACCGUCCCGUGCAUUGACGAAAACUUGGUCUGGACGAUGUUAAGUCGCCCAACUGUAGCUCAAUCAUGAUGAAAUAGUUUUAUAAUUCAAAUAAUUUA